UGUUUGAGGCGAGUCGUUUGAGAUGAGUAGGAAUGGGCAGGUGACUGAGAACUCGGCACAUGAUGGCCUGUACCCUACUCCGUAGUAGACAAAGAUAUAGAUCGGUGGAGACGUGGCACGAUGGGGGACUUGAGAUCGCGCCCGUAGUACAGUAGAGUAAUUAAUACUCUGAGACCCGAGCGGGAGCUUAAGAUUAGUGAUCAAGUUGAAUUCCCCCUUUCCAAGGAACGUGAAGAGAGCCACAUUCAAUGAUUUAACCGAGGUAGCUCAAUCCACGACCAGGAUCUCUCUGUUAGCUGACGACAUUUGUAUGAAGAAUUCAUGCACUAUCGAGGAAAUAAGAAGCUUACCCCGCGCGUCACAUCCAGGACAAACAAAUUAAAAUCAAGCAUAUUCUAAUAAUCGGGAGGUAGUUCGUCCUCCGGAGCAAUCUCGAGUUGCGUUCCACCGACCACGGAUCGGUAAUCGGCUUACCGCAAGAGGCAGAAGCCUCGGUAAAAAGAAGAAGAAGUAGGCACUCCGUAAUGAGAUCUGCAUGAUUGGCGCACCUCACCUUCGAACCCCAUAGCAAUCUAUAAAACUUAUAGAGACGGAAUGCCUUCCCCGCAAAAAACAACUCCUGUUUCCCCAAAAACCAACUGCGGAGAGUAAAUCAUCAUGUCGAAAACAUUCACCCGCGCCGAGGUCGCCAAACAUGCCUCCGAAGACUCGACCUGGUGCAUCAUCGACCACCGCGUCUACGACUUGACCGAUUUCCUCGACGCCCACCCCGGCGGCAGCGUCGUCCUCGCCCAAGUCGCCGGCCAAGACGCGACCGCCGAAUUCUACAACCUCCACCGCCAGGAAGUCCUCGAGAAAUACCGCGAUGAGCUCUGCAUUGGCACAGUCGAGGGUGAAACCCCUGAGGUUGCGCCCCGCGAGCCUGGCAGUCUCAGUGCUGUCCCGUACGCCGAGCCGCUUUGGUUACGCCCGGUGUUCAAGAACCCCUACUAUAACGACAGUCAUCGGCGGUUGCAGCGCGCGAUCCGCGAGUUCACGGAUCGUUACAUCUAUCCCGAAGCGCAGGAGAAGGAGAAGGACGGCACGUAUAUCAGUCAGGAGUUGAUCGAUCGCAUGGCGGAGGCUGGGCUCUUGGCUAUGCGCCUGGGUCCCGGGAAGCAUUUACAUGGUCGGAAGUUGCUGGGUGGCGCUGUGGAUGGCAAGGAGUUCGACUAUUUGCAUGAUUUGAUCGUUUCGCAGGAGUUGAGUCGUGCUAAUGCUCGGGGCUUCUCGGACGGAAAUAUGGCUGGUAUGGCUAUCAGUUUGACUGCCGUGCAACAGUGGCUGCAUAAUGUCCCUCUUCGCAAUCGGGUCACGGAUGAAGUCUUGUCUGGGAGGAAGAAGAUGUGUCUUGCCAUUACGGAGGCAUUCGCCGGUAGUGAUGUAGCUGGACUCCGCACCACGGCGGUAAAGACGCCGGAUGGCAAGCACUACAUCGUUAACGGCACUAAGAAGUGGAUCACGAACGGGAUGUUCGCCGACUACUUCGUCACCGGCUGCAAGACCGAGAAGGGUUUCUCGGUGCUUUUGAUCCCUCGUGGUGAGGGCGUUGAAACCAAACUUAUCAAGACCUCUUACUCGACUGCGGCCGGUACCGCAUACAUUCAGUUCGAGAACGUCAAGGUACCUGUCGACAACCUGCUGGGUGAGGAACACAAGGGCUUCAUCGUCAUCAUGAGCAACUUCAACCACGAGCGUUUUAUGAUGGCCUGCGGUGUGAUCCGCAUGUCCAUGACGGUGGUCGAGGAGUGCAUGAAAUGGUGCAACCAGCGCAUUGUCUUUGGCAAGAAGCUGAUCGAACAGCCCGUCAUGCGACAAAAGCUCGCCCGAAUGAUCUCCCUCUGCGAGUCCAACCAGGCAUGGCUGGAAUCCAUCGCUUAUCAGAUGAACAACAUGACCUACAAGGAACAAGCGACACACUUGGGCGGUCCCAUCGGCCUGCUCAAGUCGCACGCCACCCGCGCUGCACAGGAGAUCGCGGACCAAGCGACAAAUAUUUUCGGUGGUCGUGGAUUGACCCAGACUGGUAUGGGCAAGGUCAUCGAGAUGUUCCAUCGGACGUAUAAGUUUGACACAAUCCUGGGUGGAACGGAAGAGAUCCUGGCCGACUUGGGCGUACGACAGGCGAUGAAGAAAUUUCCCAAGGCGAUGUUGUAGACUUUGUACUUACGUUCUAGAUACCAUCCAUAUUUUCUGUAUUGUUAGGUAUACUUUUAUAUAGGGUGCUGUGCCGCCUCUUUGCAUGAGGAGCCCUUUUAAAAAAUAUCAUGACUUAGCGUUUA